CUCUGCUCGAGCCGGAUCAGGCCCCCUCGGCCGGCCGAAACGAUCGAUGCCUCCGCCGCCGCAGAGCCCGCCUUCGGCCCAGGCCCGGACCUCGUGCCAGCGCUGCCACAAGCGCAAGAAGAGAUGCGACCGCAAGCUGCCCCAGUGCGACAACUGCUGCGGCGCCCUCGUCGCCUGCAGCUUUCUCGACGAUGAUCGCCAGCUCGCAUCGUACCCCAUUGCGUAUGUCUUCUCGAGGGGACCCCCUGACAGUCGGCUGGUAGCUCGUCUGGGUAGUCAUCAGCAGGCCAAUGUCUAACGUCCUCCUAGAUUCGUGCAGGGCCUCGAGGCCCGCAUCAAGGACCUCGAGCAGCAGCUCGCGGCCGCCAGGAUGAUGAUGAUGGGCAACUCGCAGCAGACAGGCCAGGAGCAGGGUGACAUGCCAUCGCAGGGUUUAUCAAAUCAGGGACCAGCGGCCACAGAUCCAUUUGCCACAUUCGAUCCGAUCCUGCUCGACAUCGCUGAUCAGCAGCAGCAGCCGAGACCACAGACUUCUCUGGCCGAAGAACUCAAGGCUCUGUCUCUGCAAGCAACGGCAGAGCGGCACCUCGGCUCGUCGUCGGGCAUCUCCUUUGCACGCCUUACCCAGACGGUGCUGCGCCGCCUUACGCCAGACAAGGCCGACUUUGUCUUUGAGAAUGUUCUCGAGGACAUGUCGCCAUCGACUCUGCUGGCUGCGGCGUUUCCCAUGGCGGGGCCUGGCAGUCCGUCGACCACAUUCCCGCAGCCACUAUUUGGAAAUAUAUCCCUAGCCGACAUUACCGAUACUGGUAUAUCUCUCGCUUCGCUGCCGCUACCUGAUGAGGCGCAUAUACGGCACCUGGUCGACUUUUACUUUGCGCAUACGCACACUUUGUACCCGUUCUUGGCGCGCGGGGAGUUCGGCAAUGUCUUGGCCCGGGCACUCGCUAGCCCCAACGACCCUGUCGCGCAGUCGCCGUUGUCGUUAUUCAAGAUAUGGAUGGUGCUGGCCAUCGGCUCGACCACGUAUAGCGCGGUGACGCUGGCUGAGGAGUCCGAGUCGGUACUCUUUUACAGCAAGGCUCUCGAGUAUCUCGAGGCUGCGCUUGGCUACGGCGACUUGGCUGCGCUCGAAGUCAUCAUGCUGCAGGUCUGCUAUUCUUUCUUCAACCAGCUCGGUCCAAACACAUGGUUUCUGGUCGGACUAGCCGCCCGCCUGGCCAUGGGCAUUGGGCUGCACUCCGCAUCGACGUACGAGGACCUUCCCUUUAUUGCUGUUCAACAGCGGAAAAGACUUUUCUUCUCCAUCUACAUGAUGGACCGCCUCGUAUCCACGGCUCUUGGCCGCCCCUUUGCCAUCCACGAUGACGAUAUUGAGGUCGAGCCCUUUGCCGAUGUCGAUGACGACGAAGAAGAUGCGUCAAGCGUCAACCGGCCCCGCGACCCCCUAAAGCCAUCCAUAAUGGCUAUUCCGUUACACAUCCUGCGCCUCCGCCAGAUCGCCAGCAAGACAGCGCGCCUCGUCUACUCGAACCGCAUCUCCCACCCCCAAUCCUCCGACAUGUCCUCCCCACGACUGCCGCAGCAUCCCCAUCACUCUCAUCAUCACCAAAACCUCCACCAGCAACAACUCCACCAACACCAACACCAAACCCACCACGACCGCGAAGCCAUACUCCAGUCCCUGCACAAGGAACUCCUCGACUGGCGCCGGGCCAUGCCCUUCCCCUUACCCGACACCCACGCCCAGGUCCCGCACCUGAGCAGCACCUGGUUCGACCUAAACUACUACACCCACCUGGCCAUCCUGUACCGGCCCUCCCCCUUACUCCCCGUACCCAGCGCCGAGCGGGUCGCCACGCUCGCAGAGGCGGCGAGCAUGGCGAUCCGCCAGGCCGCGAGCAUGCACCGCCAGCGCCGGUUCGCGUACAACUGGCUGAACCUGCUGAGCGUGUACACCAGCGUGCUGAGCCUCGUGUACGCGACGACCGCACGCCCGGAGAGCCUGCCCGUCGUCCUGGCCAAGAGCAGCGCCAUCGAGGACCUCGGGCUCGCGGUCGAGCUGCUGGGCACGCUGGCCGCCAAGUUCCCCGCCGCGGGCAAGAUCAAGAGGAUGGUCGAGGAGAUUGUGGCGCGGUAUGAGAGCUUGAGAAGUAGUGGAGGUGGUGGCGUGGGCGGCGGCGAGAAUGUCGGUGGUGGUGGUGCGAAUGGGGCGCAAGCACAGCAACCUGCGCCAUCGUCGUCAGGGCAAGUCGCAUAGACGAAGCGUUGCACAUACUGAUCUGUCAUUGUGAAGGUAGAAGGGCACAUGGUGGAAUGCUCAACCCAAGUCCAAGCGGGGUCUCUCCCGGUAGAUGGCUUGCUAACUGUAAGUGCCGUCGAAGCACUAUGCCGAAGGAAUGGGUUCGGAAUGAGCAAUGCACGAGAAUUAAGCAGUCUCGAUAGUAUUUGCCAGGCAUUAUCAGUACCUUUAAUAAACCAAUAGACAUGGGAAGGUGGUUUUGGCUUUUUGUGUACUUAUGCGCAAAAUAUCACGGUUUUGACCCGCAGAAAAACCGAGGCCGGUAGAUGUGCACAACCUGAGCAAAUCAUAUCCACUCAUGCGGUCUCCGGGAUGCACUCGACUUUCUCAAGGGGACCAUGCGUUCGGGCGACGUGCACGACACAUCGAUUUCGGGACGUGCUGCAAAUUUUCGC